UGACAACCUCAGUGUGGCGGACCUCGUCCCCACACUCCCCCACAUCCUCCUGGUUAUUAUCGUACCUCCUUCCCCUCUGCUUCAGCCUUACUCGUGAGUGAGCCUGAUGAACCAAACAUCGUUUCCCCCCCAUUUGACGCACCUACCCAACUAAGACACCUUAACCUAUCUACCGGCCGAAAUCGCCCGACCUAGCUGAAGCGUAUCUUCUGCUAAAGAACGACGCAGCUUUGUGCUUCUUUGCGCAACGCGCCCCGACAUCUCUGCCCGACCAACAUCCCCGCGGCCCGCCUCGUUGACUGCUCGCGCCGCCAACACAAUGGGCAACACUACCAGCGCUGUGCUGGACAACAUAGUCCAGGGGUCCAACUUCGAUAGAGAAGAAGUCGACCGCCUGCGGAAAAGGUUUAUGAAAUUGGAUAAGGACAAUUCCGGCACCAUCGAGCGCGACGAAUUCCUCAGCCUCCCGCAAAUAUCUUCAAAUCCGCUUGCUACCAGAAUGAUUGCCAUCUUUGAUGAAGAUGGUGGCGGCGACGUUGACUUUCAAGAGUUUGUAUCAGGGCUGAGCGCUUUCUCGAGCAAGGGCAACAAGGAGCAGAAGCUCAAGUUCGCGUUCAAGGUAUACGACAUUGAUCGUGACGGCUACAUCAGCAACGGCGAGCUGUUUAUUGUGCUCAAGAUGAUGGUGGGCAGCAACCUUAAGGAUCAGCAGCUGCAGCAGAUUGUGGACAAGACAAUCAUGGAGGCAGAUCUUGACCGUGAUGGCAAGAUCAGCUUCGAGGAGUUCACCAGGAUGGUCGAGCAUACCGACGUGGUGAGCAUGAGCAUGAUGACUCUAGGUGGGUAUCUUGCUUUCUUUUCCUCCUUGCCACGCCCCCACCCCCAUCCGUUUCUCAGACUAUAUUUGGACAGCGGUAGUUCUUUUGAAAGGAAUGGUGGGCGGGGGGCGGCUUGGACGAGAGAAAGACAGAUGCAGCACACUUUUUUCGCUAACUCGUUACUCUCUUGCAGACCAGUUCUAAGUAUUUCAGCUUCCUGGAAGAUACCAUGAUAUGAGCUCCGUUUUCCUUUCUCCUUUUUCUUGGCGGACACGAAAAAAUUGGCCUUUUCUUCUGUGCCUUGGUUUUCGAAUUGGGAUGGAGAGACUCUUUAGGAUCGUCAUGGUGAGCCAACCAGCCUUUGCAUAGUGUUCUUGCAGAUCAGGAAAGUUUGCUCAUAGAUAGGAGUUAUAAUAAGAUACGCUAUCGGA